AUGGAAGAAAUAGAAGUAGAGGCUUCAUUCUGGAAAUCAGUUGUGAUAUGUGUAGUGAUUGGGGCGAACCCACCUCUGGCAGUGUUUAAAGGAUUUGUAAAACGGAUUUGGGGAAAACUUGGAAUUGUGAGUAUUGCUCGAAUGAAUGCUGGGUUUACUAUGGUGAAAUUCAGAGAUGAAGCAACAAGGGACUUAGUCUUAGAAUCAAGUGUAGUGCAUUUUGAUAAGAAACCAGUAGUCCUACGCCCAUGGACUACUGAUAUUGAAUCAUUGAAGUCCAUUAAAUCUGUUCCUGUGUGGAUUCGGCUACCUGAUCUUGGAUUACAGUACUGGGGAGUGAAUUGCUUGAGUGCUCUUGUUAGCACAAUAGGUAAGCCCAUCAUGUUUAACAAAAUAACUCAGAAUCGUUCAAUGAUAAAGUUUGCUCAUAUUCUAGUUGAGAUGGAGAUUGCUGAUACUCUCCCAAAGUUUAUUGGCUAUUUCAAUGAGAAGGGUCAAAUUGUGGAACAGAUUAUAGACUAUGAAUGGCUACCAACGAAGUGUACUAAUUGCAAGAAAUUGGGACACUCUGUCUCUUCUUGUAAAUUUGUCUCUGAAUCUGUCUGGAAGCAGAAGGAGACGAACCAAGCGGAAGGAAAUUCUGGGAAUGGAAAUACAGGACGACUUGAGGCAGAGAAGACAAUUCAAUCAAGUGAAAAAAUUCCUGAGUCUAUAACAACUACUAGUCCGACUACUACUGCUUUCCUUAAUCAAGAAAACUCUACUCAGUUAGCUACUGCUCAGACUUCUCCUAAUCAGGUAGAAGAUCACUGGAUUUCUCCAAAAACGUCAAGAGUCAAGAGGCAGGGAGCCCAGAUAUCAGUUAAACAGGAUAUUAACCAGUUUAAUGUCCUACAAGACUGUCAGAAACUAGCAACUACAAGGCCAUCUACGUCUAAUAAUUAUGGAUAG